AUGUUGGAAGCGCUUAUCCAGUCCGGGAGUGCCUACCGGGUCGACCUGGCUCUCUCCUUCGUCGUCCUGCUCGUCGCUUCGUACAUUGCUCGACUCGUCAGCCAUCGCCAAAGAUAUGCGAAGUUCCCCUUGCACAUUGACAAGUCCAACCCGAAGCAGAUGCUAUUGUCUGGCUUUGCCAAGUAUAAAAACGCAUUCCACAUCAACACUGCCAUUGGCAAGGAUAUCAUCCUUUCAGCAGACUAUGCCAACGAACUAAAGAGCGACCCUCAUCUCGAUUUUGCCAAAGCUAUUCUUCCGACUCUCCUUACCCAUCUCUCAACAUUCCACCACAUCGAAGAGGCUGGUAAGAACCAGGUUUUGACCGAGACCAUUCGAAGCAAACUUUCACGGCUGCCUGAAUGGCAUGAAAUUCCCAUCAAAGAAACCAUUGUGAAGAUUGUGGCCCGUAUGUCGUCCAGGGUUUUCCUUGGCGAGGAACUUUGCCGCAAUGAAGAAUGGCUGAGGAUUACGGCUGAGUAUACGAUCAACUUGUUCAUUGCCGUCAACGAGCUUAUGACCUGGCCUACAUACGUCCGUCCUAUCGUACAGUGGUUCCUCCCGCCAUGUCAACGCCUGCGCCAACAGGUUGCAGAUGCCCGACGACUCAUCCAACCAGUUAUUGAUGCACGACAUGCGGAAAACGACGAGCUUCGACGCCAAGGCAAGCCCCUCAAACAGCAUGAGGAUGCCAUUGCGUGGCUUGAUGAGAAAUCUGGGGGUCGGUCAUUCGAUGCUGCGAUCGCACAGCUCAGUCUGUCCUUUGUAUCGAUCCAUACGACCACCGACCUACGCACUCAAGCACUCUACGAUAUCUGUGCCAACCCUCGUGAGUUGGAUACUACCGCCCUGUACCAGAUGAAACUUUUGGAUAGUGUUAUCAAGGAGAGUCAAAGAAUUAAGCCCGCCGGUCUUCUUUCAAUGAAGCGAUAUGUAAAGGAAAGUAUCACUCUUUCAGACGGCCUAGUUGUCCCCAAGGGAACAAGCAUAUCUAUAUCCAGCCAUGUUCAUUGGGAUGAAUCCGUGUACCCGGAACCCAACAAGUUUGAUGGAUAUCGCUUCCUCAAGAUGAAAGGAGACCGCGAGAAAGAUCGAAUGGCCAACCUAGUUGCCACCAGCCCUGAGCAUCUUGGAUUUGGACACGGUGUCCAUGCUUGCCCCGGCCGAUUCUUCGCCGCAGACGAAAUCAAGAUUCUCCUCUGCCACAUUCUGCUCAAGUACGACUUCAGGCUAACUGAAAAGAGCAAUACCACACCUUACAUGAUGCCCGGUGGAGCCUAUAUGGCAAACAGCACACAGAUUGAGAUCAGGCGAAGAAAAGAGGAAAUCGCUCUAUGA